AUGGCAGACUACGACUACCCCCAAUCCCCGACCAUGUCACAAGACAGACAUAUGGGCUCGAUGGCCGCAGCCCUCAGAUCGAGGUUGGAAGACCUGCCUCAAUUGAAUAUGGCAAACUUAGGCACACACUGGAAACGCACAUCUCUUGAAUGUCCCAAUUCCGCAUCCUCAUCUCGUUCUGCAUAUUCAUUCAGCUCCCGACUGUCGGAAGAUACCGACGCUACAGACCUCACUGUCACACCUACAGCCCGCUCACGCGCAAGCACGUUUGACAACAUGGAGCAUAUGCCUCCGCCUAUCAUCCCGGCAAUCCCAUGCAAGCCGCCUCUGAGAGUCGUCCUUGGUACAGCCUCAGUAGGCUCACACUUGUCACCGCUGGCAAAAAUCACCACCGUCGAGGACGCUCAGAAGUUUGUCAACCUGUUCCGUUCAAGAGGCUAUGCGGAUAUCGACACCGCCAGAGCAUACCCAGUUGGUCGUGGUGGCUCUUGCGAGAAGCUUUUGGGCGAAGAAGCACUCCGACUAUCCAAAUGGGCCAACGUUUCCACCAAGGUCUCAAGUUUCAUGCCCGGGUCCCACCGAGCCAAGAAUAUUGCUUUGAGCAUCGACAGGUCACUGGAAGCACUGAACACCGACACCGUAGACGUCAUGUAUCUGCAUGCUCCUGACCGAGCGACCCCAUUCAAGGAGACCUGCGAGGCCAUGGACAAGGCCUACCGCGAAGGCAAGUUUGAACGCUUUGGUCUCUCUAACUACUCUGUCGAGGAAGUCGAAGAGAUCGUACGCAUCUGCGAAGAGAACGGCUAUGUGAAGCCUUCCGUCUACCAGGGGCAAUACAACCCCAUAUGCCGAGGUGGCGAGGAACGCUUGUUUGAGGUCCUUCGCGAGCACAACAUUGCAUUUUACGCUUACAGCCCUUCUGCAUGUGGCUUUUUCUCCAACAAAGUUUCACGGGCGUCGACAAGGGACAAGAACAGCCGAUGGAACAUCGCCUCACCUCUGGGUGCCAAAUAUGCCGGCGAUUACUUCCAGGACCCGCUCUUUGCCGCCGCCGAAAUUGUUCGUCAACAGGCAAGAAAAUUCGGUAUCAGUGGUCACGCUGCCGCCCUUCGAUGGACGACCUGGCAUUCUCAACUCGGUGCCGAGUACGGCGACGCUGUCAUCGUUGGCGCCUCCAAGCUUUCACAACUAAAAGAAAAUAUGGACAUCCUUGAGCAAGGGCCCCUCCCCGAGCCUCUUGUCGAGACGUUGAACAGUGUCUGGGAAGAUGUCCGCGCUCUCGAAAAGGGUCCCCGCUUUUCCUUUGUCUAA